CCAAGCCACGCGGUCGCGCCAACGACGCACAAAGCACAGAGCACCGCCUUGCAACUCGCAGAUAACAACACGACAACAAUUUCUGUACGGAGCUUAUAGUGGUUAUAGUCGGCGUUUGCUGCAGCGAACAUGAGCGCGGCGAGUGAGCCGGCGCCGGCGUGGCUGACAGCACUGGCGCUGGCGCUGGCGCUGGCGGCGCUGUCUUGCGCCGGUGCGCAGGAGGACCUCUGCGCCCGGCUGGUGACACGGUUCGAGUUGGAGACGGGCGCGGGGCGCGCGCGGGCGCUGUGGGCGCACGGCGCGGCGCAGAAGCUGGCGGUGAGGCCCAGCGCCGGCGAGGGCUUGGCGGGGCUCGCUUUGGCCGCAAUGUUAGCCGCCGCGCUGCGACACAACGGCUACGAGGAUGUGCGCCUCCGCAAGCCAAACGCCAAGGACAUGUUCGAGAUGAGUGUAAGUCCGAGCUGCGAGUUCCUGCAGCGCCCGCGACUGCAGAUACGGCCAGGGCUGGGCUGCGCGCCCGACACCGCGCACUGGCCGCCGCUCACCCCGCCCACCCACUGCGCCUUCCUCAGCGUUGCCGACCUAACGCCUCACGACAAACUCCACCUGGCGAGGUCCGCGGCGGGCGAUGCGGGCGAUGCGGGGGAGGCGGGCGAGUGCACGCGUUGCGCAGUGUUGGUGGCGCCGAUGCGGCUGGCCGCCGAGGCGGACGCGCUGGUGCGGCGCGUGACUUGCCCGGCGCGACCGCUACGUAUCUUGCUGUGGGAGCCGCUGUUCGCCCUCGCGGCUGCAUACAACCAUUCAUUGCUCCUUUUCGACAAACCUCUCGAGGCCUACGAUAGCUCCGUACGAGUCAUGCCCGAGCUGCCCUAUUGCAAUCUCGACAACCGAUCCUACCGUCUCGACGAAUUAAAUUUACGAAUACCGAUAUCGAAAAAAGCUAUAACGAUAGGGAUACAUAGAUUUGCGCCUCACGUCAGGCGAGUCGUCGAGACCUUUGCGCCGUCUGCCGCAGAUAUAAGAAAAGUGCUCGCAUACAAAUUGCAGCACGACGGCGACAUGGAGAAGUGCGCCUGCGACUGGGCCCUGUCAAACCUGCGACAGACCGAUCGGGCUUCGGAAGAUCGCGUCGACUUAACGAUACGUUUAUUUCUAUGCAGGGACGACCCCGACCGCGCGGAAUACGAGAACAUGUGCAAGGCCGUUUUCGGCAACGCAUCGAUCGCCGAAGUGACGACCGUCGCGGCGAUUAUUAUCGAAUAUAAGACGAUCGACUGUGAACGCGGCGACGUCAUCGGCGAUGAAUUAUUUUCAGAAAAGGACGAGUGGAAAGAGCAGCACGUGGUCGGUUGGCUGGCCGCGAGCGCGGGCGCCGGCGCCGCGCUCAAGGCGGAGAGGAUGGCCCGCCCGCUGUUGGCGUACGGCGCGCCGCCCACCGCCUUUAGCCCCAACAGAGUGGUGCGCGGCGUCGCGGGCUCCACGCGGCUGCUGGCGCUCGCCUUUCUGCACCUCCUCGAGGAGUGUGGCGUGCGGCGCCUAGCCGUGCUCACCGAGCGAACGGCGCUCACCGACGAGUUCACGGAUGCGAUUCGUCAUAGCUAUAUAGUGAUGCGGCAGCGAAACGUAACGUCCCUGGAAAGUAUCGAAAGCGCUCUGCGGGAGUUCAGAGAUGCAGAUGCGCGGGUGUACUUCGUGAACGCCAACGCGACGCUAUGCGCGGAGGUGAUCUGCGCGGCGCGGCGGCUGCGCAUGGCGGCGGGCGGGGAGUACCUGUGGCUGGUGCGCGAGUGGCGCGCGGCGGGGCGCUGCGGGCCGGGGGAGCCGCGACCGCUGGCGCUGGGCGUUGCGUGGCGCGGCGCGGCGGGCGCGGAGUGGUGGCCGGGCGGCGCGCGAGCGCUAGAGGCGCUCGAGGCGCUCGAGGCGCGCUGGCACGACCGCGCCUGGCCGCCUCUGGCCGCGCCGAUCUUGGACGGCUUGCGACUUUUCAAUCGGACGGUUGCGGAUUUCGUCAGCAGUCGCCCUGACAGCGUUUACGACCGUUACGUCUUCGGAAAUGCCCAAAAUUUUGAUACGGCUAUAAGUGCAAGCAAAUUCCAAGGAAUUAUCCAAGAAGUGGUAUACAACAGAAGUUCAUACGAGGUGUCGAGCGCGCUCGUGUUCGUGGAGCGUUGGAGCGACGCGCGGCGCGAGCUGCUGGCCGUGUGGCAAGCCGGCGCGGGCGGAGUGCGCCAGCUGGCCCCCGCCGGGCGAGCCUGCUGCCCCCGCGCCCCGGCCGCCGCGCGCUGCUACACCACGCACUCCGGGGACGUCUUCGCGCCGCGCUGCCACGACAACGUCUGGUGGGUCUGUCUCGCGCUGGCGGUGCUCGCCACCCUCGCGCUCACGUACGCGCGUCGGGCGCGCCUCCGCCGCCUCAAGCUGCGCGACCUCGCCCUGUUCGAGCAGCUGCAGGAGCAGCGUAAGAACAAUUCCUCCAGGUUCAGUUCGAACCUGGUGUCGCGCAACCAGUUCGAGCUGCGCGAGGAGCUGGGCUUCGGAGCGUACGGGCGCGUACGUGUUGCGGUGCUGCGGCGGCCGGGCGCGCCCGCGCACGCCGUGGCGGCCAAGGAGCCCGCCUUGGAGCGCCUGCAGGACGAGGCGGAGCUCAUCCGCGAGGCGGGCGUCUUGGCUUCUUUGAAUCACGAAAAUAUCAUACGUUUCGAGGGAGUGUGCUUGGACGGUCGGGCGGUAUUUUUUAUGGAAUACGCUUUCUUUGGUGAUUUGCGGCAUUACCUGCGUGCGCGCCGCCCGCUCGCGGAGUCGGCGAGUCUCAAGGGCGAGGCGGAGACGGAAGCGGAGGCGGAGGCGGAGGCGACGGAAGCGGCGCACGUGUCGGCCGCGGCGCUGACGCGGCUGGCGCGACAGGCGGCCGCGGCGCUGCGCUACCUGGAGGCGCGCCGCAUCGUUCACCGCGACAUACGAGCCGCCAACUGUCUGGUAGACGAGACGCGCAACUUGAAACUCGCCGAUUUCGGUCUCGCACGCCAUCUCGCCGAAGAGGAGGAAGAAUACAUAUGGCAAAAUCUUAGACGUCUGCCUGCCUCUUGCAUGGCGCCCGAGAGCCUCCUGAGCGGCGUGUUCUCCGCGGCGUCGGACGUGUGGGCGCUGGGCGUGCUCAUGCUGGAGCUGGUGACGCUGGGCGAGCCGCCGUACGGCGCGCGCAGCACGGCAGACAUCGUGGCCGGUCUGCGCGCCGGAGACCACCCGCCGCUGCCGGCCACCGCCUCGCCCGACACACGGCAGUUGCUGCAGUGGUGCUGGCAGCGGUGCCCGAGCAAGCGGCCGAGCGCGGCGCAAGUGCGCGACGCUCUGGAGCGGCACGGCACUGCGCUCGCCCCCGCCCCGCGACCCGCGCACUCCUCGCUCCCCGCACUCCCCGCGCUCCCCGCACUCCCCGCACUCCCCGCACACGCCUGA